CGACGAGCGCGGAGUGCUGCAGACAUACCACUCGCAGGACCGAUCUCAGGAUUAUUUUUUGCCCCGCUACUGGCAGGCAUUACGGGACUAAGGACAUAUGAGUUUCCCGUGAUAGUCGGAUGGAGGUGGACAGGACGACAAGAAACACGUUGUGAGUUGGGAGGGAAAGGGGAGAGACUUCGCGGAGACGGGACCGCCAGGAGCGUGGAGCUCAGCGGAUUUUGUAUCUCUACAGAAGACCGAAAAAAAGAUCAUGCUGAUGCUGGAGUAUUAACAUGUUCUUUGGUUAAUUAAAAAUAGUGGGAGCGGGUCGCGAUGAAGUGAUUGGGAGUAGAAGCUCUGUAACUUCACCAUGAAAUACGUGUUCUUCAGCCGAUUCUUUAUACUGCUGCCUUGGGUCCUAAUAGUCAUCAUCAUGAUCGAUAUCGACAGCAAAAGAACGAUUUGGACUCCAAUGGCAAAUACGCGCGGUAAGGGGCAGCGGCCUGCCCUGCCGGUCAUCUACGCCAUAACUCCCACUUACACGCGCCCGGUGCAGAAAGCAGAGUUGACCCGACUGGCUCACGCUUUCCGCCAGGUGCCCCAGUUCCACUGGAUCGUGGUGGAGGACUCCACGAUACGAACGGAUCUGGUGAGCCGCUUCUUAGCUCGGUGCGGCGUGCCUUACACGCACUUGCACGUCUUCACCCCGCGCAGGUUCAAGCGCGCCGGGAUGCCUCGUGCCACCGAGCAGAGGAACGCGGCCCUGGCUUGGCUCAGGCAACACCGGACACGCCGGGACUCGGGGGUGGUUUUCUUUGCGGAUGAUGACAACACUUACAGCCUGGAGCUGUUUCAAGAGAUGCGGAACACUCGAGGUGUCUCUGUAUGGCCAGUCGGGUUCGUGGGCGGCAGAGCAUAUGAGCGCCCACUAGUGUCAGGGGGCAAAGUUGUGGGCUGGUACACUGGCUGGAGACCAGACCGUCCCUUUGCCACUGACAUGGCAGGUUUCGCCGUGAACCUUCAAGUGAUCCUGGCCAAUCCGAGGGCACAGUUCAAGAGACAGGGGUCCCAACCUGGAAUGCAAGAAUCCGACUUCCUCAAGCAGAUCACCAAGGUGACGGAGUUGGAGCCCAAGGCCAACAACUGCACUCAGGUGCUGGUUUGGCAUACGCGUACUGAGAAACCAAAACUCGGAAAUGAGUCAAAACAUCCUAAGGACACGGUGGUCAUCGAGGUGUGAGCUAUGAAAAGAAGGGUAUGUUAAACCACAAAAGGAUUCUGGAUUUUCUACGUUUCUCAGCUGAACCUUGAUUCUGGCAUAUUGCUCACUCUCCUCCAUGGAUAACAACAUUACAGUGAGGGAGUGCAUCAGUUAAAACAUCAACAACGGGACAUGGACGGCAAGCAACGGAAAGUCUGCAGGAUUGACCAAUACACCACCAAUCAUCCCAUAGAAGACAAUUAGAACUGUGCAUUUCUUUCACUCUAGGGGAAAAAUAAGGGAAAAGCACUCAUGGUAAAGUUUAAAUGUGAUUCCAAACCCUCUCGGUGGUGUGUAAUACUGUGAUGUCUAAACAAUCAAGACUAGUGGUUUGUUUAAAGGUACUUGCCAACAUUGUCUGACACUGCUACUGUAACAUUCUCAGAGUUAAUGAUCAUGGGAUAAAUAUUUUGGAAAAUGCAUGAAUUCUCUAUAAUUGUAUUUUAUAACGGGGUGUUUCUUCAUUUGUAUUGACAUAGAGAAAAGAUAAUCAUAUAUUGAUGAGUUGGUUAAACUAAUUUAUACCACCAAUGACAGCGACAGACGUCCAAUCCAAUGCAAAUGCCAGCCUUUCCAGUUAAAAUGGCAGCCAAUUACAGUAAAUACCAUCAUUUUAAACGUCAAAUGUAAUGCUUUUUAAAACAUUUUAAAGGGAACGAGGGACAGAAAGAUUUGUAAUUCUUAAAAGAUAAAUGUUAGUAUGAGUUAUAAUAAUUUGAUAUUCAAACCCCUUCUCAAUGUAUUUGUUUUUAUAAAAUUUGAAAAAUUUGUUUAACGAGUAGGUGGCCAUUGUAGUUGACGACGCAGUGCUCUUUGGGCGGUGACGUCACUGGACAUCGCUGCCCUACUCCCAAAGUGUCACUUGUUAGUUGCAUAAACAUGUCAUCGGUUCUGCCAUCAGUGUCGAUAUUUCACAAAACGAGCAGCAAAAGCGAUGACCGUAAACGAAGGUCUCCAGCAAGAUUCGAAUCCACAUUUCCCUUGCGACAGAGAAGCGUGUAGACCACAGGACUACCGUGUGAUGUUAGACUCAUGAUUUGCCUUAUGAGGCAAUCGCAACCCACAUGCAUUGUCUGUUUGUGUGGCAAAACCUGAAAGGGAAACACACCUGAAAAGAAAGUGUUGCUGGCUUGACCACGGAAUUAGAAAACGCGGCUCACUUCAGACACCAAGCAGACAACAACAUAGGGAUUGCGUAAAAAGGGUUAUUGAACACACACAAAAAAAAACACACGAUCGUGAAAGGACAGACACAAAUAGGGUCCGUAACAGCAGAUCGGUAUCAAUUUAAAAACAAACAAACAAAAAAAUGAUAGAAAACCGCGGUGAGAGGCAGACAAACGAAAAAAACAAGGCAAUGAUGCAACUAGCAGCGAAGGGAUAUACUGUACAAACUGUCUUAUAGCAGCAACUCAAUAUCUCUGCAAGCCGCCUAGGAUCGGUUGAAAUUGAUGAGCUGAAAUUGGAUGCAACUACGACAUUGGGAACUCAUCACACAGCUCUGUAACAAAACAAUCUGACCAGCAGCAGAAUGUGACAAAAUCAUGCCAGUCAUCAUACUAACUUGCACAGCUAUUCUCCCAGUCCAGCCCAAACGUGUCAUCACCCCCAGCGUGCGUAAAACAUGGCGCCUCCCUUAGGUCACAUGUGCAUGUACUAAAUGAAACAGAUUUUUAAAUCAAUGGCAAUAAUAUACUGUAUGUGUUUCUAAUAACAAAUUUUAGUAAAAGAAAACAAUUAUAGCUUAUUAGAGCCUACAAUUUUUUAAGUCCGAGGUUCCCUUUAAAAAUAUAAUUUAAGACCAAAAUACUGUAUGUCCCAGCAAUUUCUGAAGAAAAAAAUACAAUUUUAUUUCACUUAAAACACAGAGCUGCUGCCACAGACCGCUGGUGUUUUUUUUCUCCUCUCAUGUGCGAUUCGACGGCUUCGACCCCCAUUGUCCCAAACAAAAAAGUCUUUUUGCAAGGCUAUUAUUUUUACCAGGGGCCAACCAAGUCUUAAAUAAACCAUCCUCCAUUCAUUUUCGAUUAAAUUUACACUUCCACACCUCUGCAUAUUCCCGCUCACCUAUACUACCGUGAACAACCACGAAAUGGCGUCAUGGCAACAGAUUGCUGACGUAUGGUGAGGUUGAGGACAAUGUACGGUAAAACAUAUUAUUCCCAAACUGUCGUAUUUCGUGCACAAGCACUAAUAAAACAAAUACACACCAUUAGAAGUUUUACGGCGUACUAUAGGGAUUUCACUGGCAUUAAACACAUCGUCAGGAAAUUUAUUACCGACAGCAAUUUUCCACUAAAUGUAAGACAAUUUAAGACCCUGAUUAUCCAGAUGUUAAAUUUAAGACAUUUUCAGACUUUUUAAAGAACAGUGGGAACCCUGUAUAAAAGGUUAGAUAUUAGAACACAAACGAUGGCGAAAUACAUGGAGACAGAGGGUAUAACAGAAAUCUAUGGAAAUUUUUCCAAUUGGAUUGGAUGUCUAUCACUGUCAAAGGCACUGUGAGAGUUAAUGGCAUUUUGGAGCUUAUGUCAAAAUUGACGCAAAACCCGCAUAAACUCUUGCAACAAUAUUUUGCUUAAUGCAAAACAGGAAUGUAAGUGACGCAAAACCCGCAUAAACUCUUUGCAACAAUAUUUUGCUGAAUGCAAAACUGGUAUGUAAGUGAAGCUCAGUAAAUGGGAGUUUGUCCAUCAAGUAAAUGUUGUCAAAUGUCCAUUUCUAACAGAGAGAGAGACAUAUGUGUGUUUUAGUAAUAGAAAAAAGGAAGAGGAUGAUUUUCAGUAGGAAUUUAUUAAUUUGUGAAAUGGCUCAUGCAGUAAGGCUUGAGGUGCCCUUAUGAAAAGGUCAUGGAAUUUACAUGACCGCUUGACAAAGCUUACCUUUGAUGCUAACGCCCAUGUGAAUUAAAACGACAAGUUGAUUCAUCGUCUUGACUGCUGAUGUCUACCAAGAUUGUUAAAAUUACAUACAAGAUGUGAUUUUUUUAUUUUUUUUUUUAAUAUUACCGUUUGUGAAUGUAAAACAACUACCGGUCAAUUGAUUGUUUUGUUGCUAGCAUACUUGCGCAGUACCUAAUACACAGAAAUAAGAUUUUUCAUCACCAUCAAAGUCUCAAAGACAAUUUCUGCCUUUAGUAACUCAGUUUUAGUUUUUUCCAGAUUAUGUGAUGUCUUUAUUCAUAAUUAUGAAUAAAAAUUUAAUGUGUAACUUUUUAGUGAUGCCUUGUGUUUUUCCCCAUCAUAACUCAUUCAUUCACUGCCAGGCCAAAAUGUAUUGGACGUCUAUUGUCGU